CACAUGCACAGUAGUGAGAAAUCCCUAACACUUUAUCCGUCAAUCAGGCUUAAUGGGGUAUAAAAGUCUCCGGCGCCGUCAGUGUGCAGGGAGAAGCGGCAGUGGUUCUGUCUGUAGGGAGCGCACUGUGCAUUGCUGCAGCCACACUGACCACAAACAGGGAAUUAAAGGGACCUCCAUCCAGUAGGUCUUGGCAAUCACAUUAUCUGCUUUAGGCAAUUUCCUGAGUCUAAGAAUAGCUAUGAGCUGGGUGCUGUGAUACUGAGAGCUACAGACUGGUUCAUUUCCUCCAAAGUGCACACAGGCACAGGGGGAGCUGCUGUAUUAUUAUUUUUUGAGGUGGAGAGUCUGCACUAUUUUUGGGGUGAGCUGAUCUCAGAUAUUUGGGGACUCUUCAGGUUUGUGCUGAUAUUUUGGGACUCCCCAGUUCCACAGCUGAUAUUUUUAGGAUUUCACCCCCCAAUCCCUCCUUAGGUCCUUGCUGUGGAUGUGAUCUGGGUGCAAGACAGAGUACUGCUUGCAGGAGGGGAGGUGGGCGUCUGGUUACCCCAGGAGUGGAUGGUGAAGUUUAUAAGUGGGGGUCUGCACGGAUAAGAAGGGUCCCUGUGUUGCCUGGAGAAGGGAGGUGAGCAUGGAUUUGACGAACCUGUGCAGGCUGCUGCUGCUUCCCUUCCAAAUGCUGUUUGCGGUGCUGAAAGCUGUCAUUGGCACUGUGCUGCCCUGCCGGCAGAGGGAGCUCACAGGCGACAUCGUUCUCAUCACCGGCGGGGGCAGGGGCAUCGGGCGCCACCUGGCCAGGGAGUUUGCCAAGCAAGGUGCCAAAAAGAUUAUUUUGUGGGGCCGCACGGAGAAGUGUCUGAAGGAAACUGCAGCAGAAAUAAAGCAGUCUGGAACUGAAUGCCAUUAUUUUAUCUGUGAUGUUGGUAAUAGAGAAGAAGUCUACGAGCAAGCCAAAGCCGUUCGAGAAAAGGUCGGUGAUGUUACCAUUUUGGUAAACAACGCAGCGGUGGUACAUGGAAAGAGCUUGAUAGACAGCGAUGAUGAUGCACUACUAAAAUCUCAACAUAUAAAUACACUGGGACAGUUCUGGACUACAAAGGCCUUCCUGCCACGCAUGUUGGAACUUCAGAAUGGACAUAUUGUUUGCAUAAACUCUGUUCUCGCCUUAUCAGCCAUUCCUGGAGCCAUUGAUUAUUGCACUUCCAAAGCAUCUUCAUUUGCCUUUAUGGAAAGCCUGACUUUAGGGCUCUUGGAUUGCCCAGGUGUUAAUGCUACAACAGUUCUGCCAUUUCACACCAACACAGAGAUGUUUCAAGGAAUGAGAGUCAGGUUCCCCAACCUCUUCCCACCUUUAAAGCCAGAGACUGUUGCAAAGAAGACUGUUGAGGCUGUUCAGAAGAAUAAAGCUUUGCUGCUACUCCCAUGGACUAUGCAUGUUCUGGUGAUCUUGAAAAGCAUCCUUCCUCAAUCAGCACUUGAAGAAAUCCAUAGGUUUUCAGGGUCCUAUACAUGCAUGAACACAUUCAAAGGGAGGACAUAAAUCCCAUGAUCAAAGGACUUUUGGUGGAAAAUAUACAUAAACAAUCCUGAAGAGAUUGCAGAGACAGCAUUGUAUGUGACAAAAGCUCUUUUUUGGACACAAGGAAUUCUUCCAGGCCAUGGAUAUGCAGUAAGGCCUUUGUUCAGGCCCAAAUAUCGCAGAACUGUUAAAGUUGGUGGAAGAGAACUAGAGAUUUUUUUUUUUCAUGUUUUUUUAUCCCAAGUCUGUUUCUGAUUGUUUGGGGGGGG